AAAAAAAUCUUGUUUUUUUUAGGUUGUCGCUGAAACAAUGAACAAUUAUUUGAUGUUCAACAAGAUCUUGAAAUGUGAACUUCUAGCAAAGGAGAAGUGUAAGCCGAACUUGUUCAUGGGAAAGAUCAAUCCUAACAAGCCUCCUCAGGUUCUUAGCAGGAGAAGUGCUAAGAAGCUGCUAAACGCUCCUAAAACUAAUGCAGAGGAUGCGAGCAGGAUUAAGCGGCAACAGAAGAGCGUUGAGAAGCUGAAGAAGACCCUGGCAGCUGCGGGAAUAGAAUACAAUGUCAAUAUUUCCUAAACCUACGUCAGCUGAAAAUCCGCCGUCAUUUUGUUCUAAAUUUUCCCGCAUUUUUUUCGUUUAACUUGUAGAAUUCUUUCAGAAUCAAAAUGGUCGUAAGCAACAGGGUAGUUAAGCCUAAAAGUAAGCGCGCGAAGCGUGCGCUCGAGGAGAGAGAGCCAAAGGCAAUUGAGAACCAGAAAACAAGCAUCAUGGUUAGAGGGGUCAAGUGCAGCCAGAUGGUUCAAAACUGCAUGAAGGAUCUGAACGCCCUGAAGAAGCCGAAUUCUAUAACUUACAACCAGAAGAACGAUAUCAGACCAUUCGAGGAUGCGACGAAGUUUGAAUUCUAUGGCCGAAAGUUGGACGCCUCUCUGUUUGUGUUUGGUUCGCACAACAAGAAGAGACCAAACAACCUUGUGUUUGCGCGGCUCUACGACUACAAUAUUCUUGACAUGAUAGAACUUGGUUUAGACGCGUACACUUCGCUCAAUGAAUUCAAAGUAGGAAAGGUUACUGUGGGGACAAAGCCGUGUUUGCUGUUUGAAGGGGAAUCCUUCGCCGACACAACAAACACAGAGAUGCAGAGAUUAAAAUCCAUGUUCAUCGACUUCUUCCGUGGUCCAGAAGUAACAAAUGUUAGACUGGCUGGUAUAUAUAUUUUUAGAGUUGAACUAGAGGAAAUUGGACCAAGUCUAGAUCUAACACUACGAAGAACGCAUUUAGCCUCUGACGACCUGAUGAAGACAGCCUGCAAGCAGGUCAAGAAUAUCAGAGGACAGAAGAAGAUUAAGAACAUUUCUGAGGACGUUUUCGGCACCAAGAUGGGCCGAGUACAUAUUCAGUCACAGGAGAUUACAAAGAUCCAGACGAGGAAGGUUCGAGCCCUGAAGGUGUCCAAGGAGGAGAAGUUGGAGAAGGUCGAGAAGAAGAAGGAGAAGGCCGAAGCAAACAGGAAGAAAGCCGUGGAGGCCAUUUUUGCAGCGGAGGACGAGAACGCCAUGGAGGAUUAAUUUUUUGGAAAUUUCAGA